UGUGUGUGCGUGUGUGUGUGUGUGUGUGUGCGUGUAUGUUUAGGUUGGUGUGGCAGCGUGCCAGCUGUCCCGUGCUCUGGGUCUCAAGGUGUUGGGGACGGCAGGGACGCCGGAGGGACUGAAGCUGGUCCUCAACAACGGAGCUCACCUGGCCUUUAAUCACAGGGAAGAGGGCUACACGGACAAAAUCAUGGAAGCCACAGAGGGCAGAGGCAUCGAUGUGAUAGUAGAGAUGCUGUCAAAUGUCAACCUCAGUAAAGACCUCCACAUGUUGGCCUUGGGAGGACGUGUUACGAUCAUUGGCUGCAGAGGCUCCAUAGAGAUCGACCCCAGAGACACCAUGGCUAAGGAGAGCAGCAUCAUGGGAGUGACCCUUUCCUUCGCUACAUCGGAGGAGAACAAGGAGUGUGCGGCGCUGUUCUACGCGGGGAUGGAAGCUGGUUGGCUGCGUCCGGUCGUCGGCUCCCAGUACCCGCUCACCAAGGCCGCCCAGGCCCACCAUGAUAUCAUUGAGUGUCCCGGGGCUGCUGGGAAGACAGUCCUGGUCGUGGGAUGAUGUGAUCAUAGCACAGGUUUUGGCUGUUAAUAAUAAGGAAAAAAGUCAAGAACUUAAAUGAAAUAAAUGUAUAAAAAAA